AUGCGUCAUCGCCCACUAGCAGUCCUGCUGCUGCUGUCGACGCUCGCAUUCAGCCUUGUCCUUUACCUCCGAUUCCGCAGCUACGACCUUGUCUCUGUCGGUCUCUGUCGUGUUGCGCCAUUCUCUUCCUCCUGCACUUCGCCGCGCCUCACGAUGUCUGCCCCAUCCACAUCCGAGCUGGCGACUCAAAAGGUGCAUACUGCGCAACACGCUCGCUCGCGUGGUCGAGUCUCCCUGCGUAUCGGCUCGAUCAACAUCCGCUACUCUCGAGACACCGCCUUCGACUCGGAGCAGUCUUUCCUCAACUCCAUCGAAAACUUGCUCGCAGCCGCACGACUCGACACCGGACACUCCAACCCGCAAUUUGCACCUCAUCUCGCAUCGUCAUCAUCUCCGUAUCUGAUGCAGCAGUACCACGGCGAACGAAGCUGGUUGUUGAGAGGUCCGAAGGUGGCUGACGUGGCCUUGUUCAACGACUGGGAUAUCUUUGCGUUGCAGGAGGUACUGGACGGACAGUAUCGAAAUCUUGUAGAGUGGUUGGGUGAGGAGUAUGAUCAUGCAGGAGUGGGGAGGGAUGAUGGCGAUCGUGCGGGUGAAGCCGUCCCAGUGUUCUGGCGGAGGGAUACCUUCGAGCGUGUUGGUAAUGAUCACGGUGGAGUCGGACAGGAUGGCGUGGAACACUUUUGGCUGUCACCCACGCCAGACAAAGUAGGGAGUGUAGGAUGGGAUGCAGCAUUGACCCGAAUGUGCACGCACGUCAGCCUGCGCCUUCUGGCAACGCGCGAGAUCAUCCACAUCUUCUCGACGCACUACGAUCAUCAGGGUGUGGUGGCUCGUGCAAAGUCGUCCGAACUCAUCGUCGAUCGCGCUCGCGCAGCUUCCGAUCACACGAAAACCUUAUCCCCUUCCUCGGAACCACUGGUAGUACUGAUCGGAGACCUCAACAGUCCCCGGAACGAGGGUAGCUGGUCGACCCUCGUUUCACCUCAUUACGGAUUGGAAGCGAAUUCUUCGGGUGCGACGUUUCUCGACACUGCUCUGUCGGUGCCCACGCGAAGGACAUCGCCGUUGUUGACGGACAACGAGGAUCCGAUUCGAUCCGAGUACGCUUCCGGUCGCAGACUCCCGCCACAUGCCGAGCGAGGGGUGGGAAGCGGAGGAGGUGUGCUCUCAGAGCCCGUCGGACCACUGCGAACGUUCACCGACUUUCAACCUUCGCCCAGAAACGCCAUCGACGAUCGGAUCGAUUUCAUCAUGCUCCUCGACAACGAUGCCGUACACGACGAGACGAGAGCCGAUGCAAAGUUGGAUCAUUCCACCUCCAAACCUCCACCACAACCGAGAGGAGAGAGGCUGAACAACAACGAGGCCAAGUCGCAGGAAGAACAGUCAAGGUGGAGAAUACGAACCUUCGGAACCCUACCCAACUGGAGCGAAGGUGACGCCGGAUUCCUCAUAUCUGACCACCGUCCCGUCACAGCCAGGAUAGAGAGGUUCGUGCCACUGUCACACUAA